UGUGCCCAGAGAACACCUCAGCUGGAGUCUCAGGGAUGAGCACUCGCCCUGGGGACCCAAAGGAACAGCUGGGAGCUGCAGGAAACCUGUGGCCAUCAGAGCCCAUCAUCCUGGGACGAGAGGGAUCUGCCCGGGAACUGGUCCUGAGGAAGAUCCAAGAACUCUCCAUCGAGGGCCGCCAAGAUCCCUUCAUGGUGCUUGACCUGGAUGUGCUGGUCAGCUGCCAUCAGACCUUCCUCCAGGCCCUGCCCCAAGUCCAGCCUUUCUACGCAGUGAAAUGCAACAACAGGCCCUGGGCACUUCGAGUCUUGGCUGCCCUGGGCACUGGCUUUGACUGUGCCAGCCAGGGGGAGCUGGAGCAGGUGCUGGGCUUGGGCGUGGCCCCCUCACGAAUCAUCUUCGCCAACCCCUGCAAGGCUGUUUCCCACAUCCAGUAUGCAGCCCGCUCCGGGGUGCAGCUUCUGACCUUCGACAGUGAGGAGGAACUGGCUAAGGUGGCCCAGCACCACCCUGGGGCUAGGUUAGUCCUUCGGAUACAGACCCAGAACAGUCAAAGCACCUUCCCGCUGAAUGACAAGUUUGGAGCUCGGUUGGAGGCAUGUGAACACUUGCUCCAGGCUGCCAGAGAGCUGGGGUUGGCAGUAGUGGGGGCCUCCUUCCAUGUGGGUUCCGACUGCCAGACAUCCCAGAGCUACAGGCAGGCCAUCGCCGACUGCCAUAGUGUGUUUGAGAUGGGCCGAAGGGCUGGCCACCACAUGAGCCUCUUGGAUCUUGGAGGGGGCUUCCCUGGAACUGAGGGCUCCAAAGCUAAAUUUGAGGAGAUGGCUAGAGUGAUCAAUGCUGCUCUGGCCGAGUACUUCCCGGAGGGGACUGGCGUCAAGGUCAUCGCAGAGCCCGGCCGCUUCUAUAUGGAGUCUGUAUGCACAACGGCUGUGAACAUCAUAGCCAAGAAGGCUACACUGGAGUCAGGAGGCCACAGGAAGCUGGCAUACUAUCUCAAUGAGGGCUAUUAUGGUGCCUUCCGAAUCUUCCUCAGGGAGCCUGUCUCCAGGAUACCCAUUGUGGUGAAGGAGUUCCCCUCGGAGCCCCGCCUUUUUCCCUGCACCCUCUAUGGCCCCACAUGUGAUGCCUUUGACAGGAUCUCCUUGAAGGAGGUGCAGCUGCCGGAGCUGGAUGUGGGUGACUGGCUGCUUUUCCCUAACACGGGCGCCUACAAGAGCUCCAUGAGUUCCACCUUCAACGGCUUCCCCAUCAUAACUGUCUACGAUGUCAUGGGCCCCCAGCUCAGGAGCCUACUGGAGACAGCACCUUAGACCAGGACAUGGCCAGAAUUGAGAGGCACCUGUCUCUGCCAAGGCUUUCCCGACCUGCCAGGGUUGUGUCACAGACUGGCUCCACCGUCUGAACGAAUCUUCCAGCACCUUUGAGCUGAAGAGAAUUCUCCCCAGACAGCCCAUGGGAGGUGUGGGCUGCAGACACCUCCCAUGGAUGUGGGAAAGGUUCAGCCUUCAGGACAGCAUGCUACCCAUGGACCUCUGCACAGCUUGCAAAUUGGGAGUGGAAGCAUUAAUCUCUAUCUGCUGAAGGAGUCUUCAAAGGAUAGAUAUGACUUGGCUUUGGUGAAAAUAGAAAGUUGUGUUUAGAAGCAA